AGUUGACGCUCACAAUCGUGGUAGAAGUGUGGCGGUUAAGCUAACUUUAAUUGCCGCAACUAGCUACAUGUGGAGAGUAAAACGGGAGGCAUCCCGAAUACCAACUCUUUUAAUAGACAUAGCUUAUACCUGACUGAACGAUAGACCUUACUCGAAAAUAGGGGACACCAUUUGUUUAAAAUGAAAGGUAGCCGGAUCGAGUUGGGGGACGUUACGCCUCACAACAUUAAGCAGUUGAAACGGCUGAAUCAAGUCAUCUUCCCUGUCAGCUACAACGACAAGUUUUACAAAGAUGUUCUGGAAGUUGGAGAGCUUGCAAAGCUAGCAUACUUUAACGACAUUGCAGUUGGGGCUGUGUGCUGCAGAGUGGAUCACUCUCAGAACCAGAAAAGACUGUACAUCAUGACACUUGGGUGUCUAGCCCCCUACCGUAGACUCGGAAUUGGUACAAAGAUGCUGAACCAUGUGCUAAACAUAUGCGAGAAGGAUGGCACAUUUGACAACAUUUACCUUCACGUGCAAAUCAGCAAUGAAUCAGCCAUUGACUUUUACCAGAAGUUUGGCUUUGAGAUCAUCGAGACAAAAAAGAAUUACUACAAAAGGAUAGAGCCAGCAGAUGCCCAUGUGUUGCAGAAGAGUCUGCGCUCCCCAUGUGCACAACCCAGCGGAGAGCUUCAGAAGACCGAGUAGGGGCACAAGAUUGUGAAAGACCCAAAUGUGCCCUCCAGCACAGAAACAGAACUGUGACAAACGCCCCGUGGCCAAAGCAUAUAAAAGUUUCUUCAAAGGACACAAAAAGACAACACAUUUUGAUGAUAAAAAAAUUGCUGCAUUUUGUUUCAAAGGCAACUUCUCCUUAUUUUACUUCUCCCCUUUCUCAUAGGGAAUUAUAAAUUCCAACAAGCUCAGUAUCCUAAAUUACCCCCAAUGGCAAAGGCCAAAACCAGGCAGAUGUAGAUGAAUUGGAGGAUAAGAAUGUGAUGUUUCAAAUCAUAAUGUUUUGUUCGAGUAGUUUUUAUGCAGUUAAAACCUGAAAAAGGACAUGUCUUCAAUGAAAGGUUAUUAUAAGGGGUGACAUUUUUUGCUUUGAAAGAUCUAGUCAUAGCUGACCAGCUUGGAGUGGUAAUUGGAAUUGUUCCCUGAAUGAAACGAGUUUUAUUUGAAUGGGAUUUGAGUUUGGCAAGUUUAUCUCCACUAUGGAAGUCCAGAAAUGUCUCCAGAGUAUUGACGUACGUAAGGUGGAACGGUUUAUCGGAGGUGAUGUGUUGGCACCAUUUAGUUUUUCAGAUUAUGUUGGGUUUUGGUCUGUUAAUUUAAUUCCCUUCAACUGUUUUUAUUUUUUGCAUUGGGAAGAAAAAGGGUUUUGAGGUUCUCCUGGGUGCACUACUAAUUGAUGGAACAAAAAUAUUUAUUUAGACUUGAAAUUUUCAAAUAUGAAUUCAAAAUGAGUUGAUUGGCUAAACAGAUUGGAUUUAGGCUUCUGGGGUGGUAAUUUACCGAGUGUAAUUGUGAAAACCUAAACAAAGGGUUCAGAAAGAAAAAUGGAACCACUUUUUGUGCACAUGUAGCCAUUUUACCAAAAAGUGUAAUCGGUUAAUUUCUCUCUUUAAGGUCACCUGAACCAAUUAAAAUUUGGUGACAUUUCUUACAGGUGUUACCCAGAGGAAGCUCCAACCCUCUGCAUGAUAGGAGAGAUGUCUUCUCCAUUGUAGUAUACAGCAUGUUUUCUUUUCUUUGACAAAUUUUAUCUUUUCUGGAGCUCUAUAUUGUAAGACUUUUUAACGUCUAAAUAAAUUACUAUUUGCAGUAUGUUCUUUUAUUUA